AUGUCCUUUGAUUCAACAGAAUAUUUUCCGUUACAAUCCGUCGUAUUUGAUGGAAUUUCCCCUAAUGUUGAAACUCCAGCAGAAAUUGUGUCUGAAACUUCGAUAAUGGAAUUAUUCUCUGAAGAUUCUUAUGAGAAUGUGAACUACAUAUUCGAAAACUCGUCCAUAAAUGAAACUGGUACUGAUAGUAAAGUUUAUCAAGUAACACUUGCCAUAACUUUGAUGAUUUUUUGUUUGGCUACAGUAUUUGGCAAUUUGCUUGUUAUGGUUGCGAUAGCAAAACAGCAGUAUCUUCAUACUGUUACAAACUAUUUCAUAGCAUCUCUCGCAACUGCUGAUUGCAUAGUUGGGGCUGUUGUAAUGCCAUUUAGUGUAAUACAUGAAGUUAUGGACAAAUAUUGGAUGUUUGGGCGAGCAUGGUGUGAUAUAUGGCAUAGUAUUGACGUUUUAGCUAGCACAGCGUCAAUUUUGAACCUAUGUGCAAUAUCAAUUGACAGAUAUUGGGCUAUAACCAAUCCAAUGACAUAUCCCAGUAAAAUGAGUCCUCUUAGAGCAAAAAUUAUUGUUGCUUUAGUCUGGUUAUGUUCUGCUUUGAUAUCUUUUCCUGCUAUUGUUUGGUGGAGAGCAGUUUCGGUUGAGCCAUAUCCUAACAACCAAUGUUUGUUUACAGAUGAUGUUGGCUAUUUAAUUUUUUCUUCAAUAAUAUCCUUUUAUGGACCCCUUUCUGUUAUGGUUUUUACUUAUUUUCGCAUAUAUAGAGCAGCAGUUAAGCAAACAAAGAGCUUAAAAAUCGGUAUGAAGCAUAUCAGAGCAACAAAUAAACCAUGCCAAUCCAUGACUUUAAGAAUUCACAGAGGUGGAGCCAGUAAAUCUACUUUUAAAGAAAAAGACUAUUGCAAAGUUAGAAGAACAUCAAAAAAGAAUGAUAAACGUCAAGAUGAGCUAUUAUUAGCAGAAAUAGCUCCCUCAACUAGUAGCGAAUCAUCUCCAAUUCCUAGAUCACCAGAAAAUGGUACACCUACACGCUUUACUAGUCGCCAUGGUAAAGCUUUUUCUUUAAGCAAGAAAUUAGGCAAAUUGACAAAAGAAAGGAAGGCUGCAAAAACUCUGGCUAUAGUAAUGGGAGUCUUUAUACUGUGUUGGCUUCCUUUUUUCAUUGUUAAUGUACUAUUUGGAAUUUGCGGAACGUCAUGUAUAAAAGAACCAGAACUCGUAUCUUCCAUUGUAACAUGGCUAGGCUGGCUAAACUCAGGGAUGAAUCCUGUAAUUUACGCAUGUUGGAGCAAAGAUUUUAGAAGAGCGUUUCGGCAACUACUGUGUUGUUGUUGUAAAAGAAAAAAAAGACAAUAUAACUUUCAUAGAACAAUGAAAUCACAUUUUAUAUCUCGACCUAAAUCUCCUAACGAAGAAGCAUUUCUUUGACUUGUUUCAAAACCAGUUAAACUCUUAAGAUUUCUUUCCACCUUUGAUGUCUU